AUCCCACUGUCAGCCUUCCAAGACGCCCCGCCUGCAGGAGCGGCACUGUCACUCCUCUCCCCACAACCAGCCCCAGCCCCAGCCCAGCCCGCUGUGAGAAGAAGGGGGAGCUGACCCAAACUGGAGAGGCCUGGGGCUUGGCGGGCCAGACUGAGCCCAAGGGGAUCUCUGGCCCUCCGGACAGACCACACAGCUGCUCCAGGAGCCCAGAUACCAGCUGCCAGAGAAGGCCCAUAAGCUUCCUGCUGCCAUGUCGGCUCUCACCCUGCUCAUUCUGGGUCUGUUCACGGCAGUGCCACCUGCCAGCUGUCAACAAGGCCUGGGCAACCUGCAGCCCUGGAUGCAAGGCCUAAUUGCUGUGGCUGUGUUCCUGGUCCUCGUGGCAAUCGCCUUUGCUGUCAACCGCUUCUGGUGCCAGGAAGAGCCGGAGCCUGUGAACAUGGUCAUGACCGUUGCAAACAAGGCAGAUGGGAUCCUGGGAGGAACAGAUGGAAGGUACUCCUUGACGGCGGCCAGCUUCAGGUCCAGUGAACACGAGAAUGCCUAUGAGAAUAUCCCUGAAGAGGAGGGCAAUGUCCGCAGCACCCCCAUGUGACCCCCACUUGCCUGUGGCCCUCCACCCUGACCCCAGAUGCCUGUGACCGAUGCCCGGCUCACCACACAAGCCUCUCCUCUACGCAGGAAUCUACAAUAAGAGGCUGACUCUCCCAACCCCACACCUCCCACCUUCCCUUGAAUUGUCACCAGCCACAGUCAGGGCUGUGUCCAGGCUGGGGUUCAGCUGUGGCCCUAGGGUCUCCCACCCAAUUCAAUUCAGAAGACCCUUCAGAAGAGGACAGUCAGCUCGUCACCUCCUCCCUGCCUCACAUCCACUCCCUGUAACCGUGAAAUGGCUCUUAUUUCUGUGAAAUAAAGAUGUUUUGUAUUUCCAA